UGGAGAGAGUAGGGCGUUGAAGGGUACAAAACAGAGAGGAGCACGCCUGGUGUCCAGGCCCUUCGUUUGAGGUCGGGGCCUCUGCUGCAGGGAGGCAAUGGCGAUGGAGGUGCAGCAGCUCUAGACGGGCUCCGCUCAUGGCGCCUCCCGUUGCUACUGCAGCUGCUGCGCCAGCCCAGCCCCGUCCUCGCUCCCCCGUUGAACAUGCCGAUGCUGCACCCAUUCCUGUGGUGAAGGCACCUGCGUCGUCGACGACGACGAUGAAGGAGCAGAAUCAGCUUCACCAGGACCGCAGGGAUGGCGCGCCUCUCUCCGCUUAUUCCAUGAUUGCCUCUGGCAUGGGUACCCCGCCCAUUGAUGUGGUCAAAUUCCGCCGCACGCAUUCGACGGCUUCUGCCUACGGCGGCUUACCUCCUCAGAUCUUAGAUUAUAGACGUGGCAAGAAUGACCGGAAGGUUCCUCUUCUCAGUCGAUCUUUAUCGGGGUCGAAGCUGAAUGCAGGAGCUCCUGAAUUUGUUCCGAAGGGACUGCAGAUAGCUUUUUCUACGUCUUUACCGGCACCAAGGCGUGCUCAAGAAUUAGGGUUGAGUGCCCCGUCUUUGGUUCUUUCUCCAUCGUCUGUGAUUCCAGUGCUUGUAACUCCACCGUCUGGCGUUAUCCAUGCCGUGCCGGCGGUUGCCGUUGCCAAGGUUGAGGAACAUGUCGCAGAGUCUCGACCUAGUGUUGAUCGGGUUCUCGCAAAAGAUGGCACAGGUUGCUCCGAUGUUACGGUGGCAGUGGAGCAUAGUGAGGAGUGCGACCAGACUCAGGCAGCUUCAACCUCUGUGUCACAGCCUGUUAAACCAAUCGUCACGGAGGAGCUGAAGGAUAAAAUAUUGAAGCAAGUGGAGUACUACUUUAGUGAUGCGAACCUCUCAACAGACACCUACCUCAUGAAGUUUGUGAAGAAGGAUGCAGAGGGCUUUGUCCCAAUUCCUGUGGUGGCGUCAUUCAGGAAGAUCAAGAACCUGAUGAAGAAUCACGGAGUUGUGGCAGCUGCGUUGCGAAAGUCGACUCGGUUGGUUCUAAGCGAGGAUGGGAAAAAGGUCCGGCGAGCUCUCCCACUUCCAGAUGUUGAUUCAGAGGAAGUGCAGGCACGCACUGUCGUAGCUGAGAACUUGCCUGAGGAGCACUCCAUUGAAAGCAUGGAACAGUUGUUUGGUAAAGUGGGCACUGUCAAGUUGGUUCGGAUCUGUUCACCAGAUGCUGCCAUUGGGACCCAUGGAGCUGGAGGGAGGCAUACGAAGAGUGACAUGCUAGUUAGCAAUAAGUUGCACGCAUUGGUGGAAUACGAGACCGUGGAGCUUGCUGAGAAAGCUGUGACUGAGCUGACAGAUGAGAGAAACUGGAGAAGUGGACUACGUGUUCGUUUGCUGCUGAAACGUCAGUUUCAGAACAAACAAAAUUACCAGCAGGCCCCUCAUCAGAGGACGCGCAAACCAAGUAUGGACGGCAUCGAUCUCGUGAUGGAUGAUGAAGACGGUGACAAGGCAGAGAAGGACGCCGACAGAUCUCGCGACAAGGCUGGUGGGGAAUCAACAUGCCACAACCAUCACGCAGAUCGUGGCGACGAGGUUAUGGGUGAGGGCGGAGAUCAUGUGAACAAGAAGGGAAGAGGUCGAGGCCGAGGUGGGAGAACGGGUGGAGGUGGUCGGGGUCGCGGUCAGCAGUUUUACAACACGCACGUGGGGACACCACCUCGGGACGGUUUACAUGUGGUGAGCGAGAUGAUAGGAAAGCCGCCGCCAGGACCUCGCAUGCCGGAUGGGACACGAGGGUUCGCGAUAGGCAGGGGCAGGAUGGUGAGCGCGAUGAGCAGCUGUGAAGAGCGUGGCGUAGCAGUGUAGGUGGUGAAUGUGGAUGUAGGUAUUGGAAAGUGGAGCAGUGUGGCUCCGAGGGAAUAUGAUGUGAUUAUGGUGAA